GCUAGAGUUGCUGGGGAGAUGGGGGAUAUGUCCCAAGGCCUGGUCGAGGUCCCACUCGCAAAUACGUUCGUUCCCCGUCAAGUCGGGAAAUUCCGGAGGUUCCGUCCUGGGUCAUGCAGACGAACAAGAGUGCUCCCAAUAGUCCUGGAAUUCCGGAUCCCUCAGGCACUCGCGAGUGGCCGCGGAGCGCUACCAGGAGCGCUCCGCCGCCCGGCGUUUGGACGCGACGGCGGGCCUCGCGAAAAGAGCAGGAACGAGGAGCGGCGGAGCGCUGCGAUGGCAAGAUCAACGCGAGGAGGAGGCGGGCGGACGCGACGACGGGCCUUGAGGACGAGCAAGACCGAGGAGCGGCGGGAGCGCUGCGAUGGUGAGAUUCACCAUUCUGUCACUCUGUGUCCAUGUCGUCGGGCUUCGGCACUUCCUCGUACCAGUCCGGGAGUACAGCUGGGGGCAGCGGGGGCUGAUACUGUCCCUGUUGCUGUUGGCCAUUUUGCCUGUCCGCCUCUUGCUGCCAAAGCCAUUGUAACUGUUGCUGUUGCUGGUGAAGGAUCUGUUGCUGCUGGCAGCACAGCUGUUGUUGCCAUUGCAGGUGCAGGUGUUGCAAGAUCUGCUGUUGGAGUGCAAUUCUGUUCUGAUGUUGCUGGUACUGAUACUGGGCCAGCUGGGUAUUCAACAGCAGCCGAAAUUGUUGUUCACACUCCCUCUGCUGCAGGGUUUGUUGUUGCGGGCCGUGCGUGCAGCUUUGCGUUUGGUGCAGCAGCAGCAUUUGUUGAUGCAUCUGAAGCUCUUGCUGUUGUUGGUCGUGGGGCUGAGGCAGUUGCAUUUGCUGUUGUUGUUGCAACUGCACAUGUUGUCGGUUUUGCAUGGCGUGUUGGUACUGUUGCUGUUGGUGCUGUUGCUGGUGGAGCAGCAGGUUCUGAUUCAGAUGGUCACUGUGGUGUUGCUGCUGUUGGGGGCAGGGCAUCAGCUGUUGUUGCUGCUGAUGUUGGUUCUGUUGGUCCAGCUGACGCUCCUCUUGUGUGUGCAGCGGAUGCUGCUGGUAGGCAGUGUGCAUUGUCAUCAGGCCAUGUUGCUCCUCUAGCACUUGCCGCAGGGGGUGUUGUUGGCACGGGUCGAUCUGCUGGGCCUGUUGCUGUGGGCACUGGGCCGGUGGCGGACCUUCUGAUAUCUUCGAUGGCGAGUUUGGGCGAGUUAGAAGCCAAUGAGUGGUUUACCAUCGUCCAAGUGAGCAGAGAACGGUUGUGCUAUGAAGUGGCGAAGUUGAAAGCGGUGGCUGCAGAAACGACAGUGCCAUCAAUUCCAUGGAUUCGGAGUGUGCGGGAGCAGUUAUUGGAGACUGCGUGGGGGUUGGAGAAGGGGCCGACCCCUCAUCUUCGUGCGCUCAUAGAUGGACCACGAUUGGGCAGUUUGAUGCGGAACUACUACGAAGAUCUUGAGGAGGGGCUAGAUCUUUGUGCUGAACUGGAGAACUGCUGCUACGAGGAUGACAUGAACUCCGUUGCUGAUGACGCCGUCGACAUAGAUAGUAUGGACAACGGCGAUCUUACUUGCACUACCGUCCUUGCCAACAACAUUGAUGACAGCAAAGACAUCGGUGAUUUCAUUCGCGGUGCUGUCCUUUACAACAACAACAACAACGACAAUAACAACAACAACAACAAUAACAAAAGCAGCGAGUAUCGUUGUUCUGAUGACGUCGCUUCCGCUGGUGUCGUCAACAACAAGCAAAAUAGUGAUGACAAUUUCAGCGCUGGUGGCAACGACAACAAUACCAGUGAUAACAAUUACAGCAACAACAACAACACCAACAACCACUAUAACACCAGCGAAGAAGGUGAGCUUCGUGCGUGUUUCCAAGACAGCCGGGGUGUUAGCAAUGAAGGUGAUAAUAUCGAAUUUGACGGGGGUAUGACCUUUGCUGUAUUUGGGAAAGGCGAGCUUGUGGGGGUGGGGUCGCCUUUGGGCAUGCUUAUGAUGAUUUGGGGCUCCCCGACUAUGCGGAAUAGCAUACCGCUUCUCUCAUGGGAUCCGGGUGGGGCCAGAGGGGAGGGUUGUAGGGUGGUGGUGGACCUAGAUCUACACGUGCUUGACGUGUUCGUUGGAUAUCCGGGGAGCUGCCACGCCAUUAGGGUGAUCCCACUGUCAAGUCUGUCGAGGCGCGCGGAAAAGGGAAUGCUGUUUCGUGGGCCGCCUGUCACGCUGCCCGGAGGGGUGAGGACGAACGGAUACAUCUUGGGCGACAACGGGUAUCCUCCUUCUGAAUGGGUAGUGGUGCCAUACAGAGGAAUCAAUCAGCACCUAGACGAGGAAAGGUUCGACGCGAAGCAGAAGAUUGCAAAAGGGGCUGUGGAGAGUGCGUUGGGGAGGUUGAAGAGGAUGUGGAGGCUCUUCCUGCGGACGCACAAGAUGAACCUCGACACUCUACCGCAACAGUUCACGGCCGUUUGCAUUCUCCACAACAUCCUGCUCGAUGCUGGUAUCGAGUCCGACAAGAAUUUGUUGUGGGAGGUCGACGAGAACGGGGUGAGGCGCCGACUGGACGUGGGGAUUCAUCGUCCCCUGCAGCCAGUGACGAUGUUGACUUCAACGCACGUGGCACACGCGCUUCGCAAUGCGCUGGCGGAGCGAAUGAAACACAUAUGGCUACAGGAGAUUGUGAGGGACAUGUCUUUGCGGCUGCAAGUGGAGCCAGAGGUCGGAGGGGGUGCGAUUUCUCUGGCUGGUUGGUUGAAGGAUAAAAGUGAGGACAUGUUGGAGAUCAUCUGGGAGCUGGAGGAGGGGCCAGAUCCUCGGCUUAACGUCUGCAUCGAUUGGAGGAGGGCAGAUGGCAUCAUGUCUGUCUGCAAAACCCUCUUCAAUGAGGGUCGCGAUCUGUGUGCUCGUCUGGAAGACCGGUUGGAGGGCAAUAUUGAUGGUGAGGAGGCGCACGUAGCAACAGAGAUUCAGCGAGGAGUGGCAGGAGGAAGAGUGGGGGAAGUGGACGCACGAGUGGCGCGAGGCAUCUCACAAGGGGGAGAGCCAGGUGACACUGAGGUCGUGCGAAGGGGAAAGAAAAGCGGGGCACCUGGAAAAGCUGAGACCGCGGCAGAGGGCUGUGGUCCCAUGGCCGUAGCGACCGAAAUCUUGGCGGGUGCGCCCGUAAAGUUCAUGCCAGGGGUGUCAGGUACGACGCGUCAAGGUGAAGACGGAUCGCGAAGGAUGGGUGAGCAUUCUUUUAUGGACACUACAGAGGAUCGUCACGCUCAAGAUAACGGUGAAGAGUUCACGGCAGGAGGUACGGCAGGAAGUUUCGGGCACUCGUGGCUAAAGAAAGGUGUAAUGCAAAUAAGGCAUAUUUGGGAUGAAGAGAGGGAGGAACGGAUCUCCGCUGAGGCACUGAGACAGAAACUGCCCCGGCUCCGCAACGUUGAUAAGAACUUGGUUUCUCUGAUGGCGGCAAUCUCGAGUGGUUGGGUCCAACUUCUGAGGAAAGACACAGAGAUGGCAGCAGAUACUUGGGUGUACUCGGAGGAGGACCAAGGAAGGGUCUGGAGAAUUUUGGGCCCGGACCUGGCUAAAGGAAUAAGAGUUGAGUGGAGGAUUCCAGGAUUCGUCUCGAGUGGGGACACCUCCCAGAAAGAGAUGGUUGUUGACUCAGAAAGGACGAUCCAGACUGCGAAGGGUCUUCAAGAGUUUGGGAUGAAUGCACAAGGAGAGAGAAUGGAGACAAGGGAACUAGCUGGAACAAGGACAAGCGAGGGGGGAAGCGCGAUGGACGUUGAAGCCAGCAGGAUGCUAGGGAAGCGGAAAGCAAUUGUACAACAUCGAAGAAAGGAAUCACAAGGACAAGUGGAGGACAAGUACGAACAACGGACGGAGGAGCGAGAUAGCGAAGAAGAUGAAUCAGAGCAGGGUGACAGUGACUUCAGAGAUAUUCCUGGAGGUGUGGAGGCAGCCAUGAGAGGAGAAAGACAAUUUGAGGAACGCUACCUGUUGCCCUUCGUCUAUGCACUCUCCGGACAGGACGUGUUUGUACUAGGGAUGAAGAACAGUGAAGAAGCGAUGUUCCUCCCAGCAGCCCCUCUAGUGGGAACACCAUCUCACGAAGAGAUUGUUGCAAUCGUACGGAGGAUCUACGAGGACAAGUUCAAGUUCAGAGUAUUCCCCGAGGAUAUGAUGCCCAAGUUGUCCAUAGAGCUCCAUGACGACAAACGAAUCAAGUACCUCAUUCCGCUCGUGGAUGCCCGCAUUCCUUCGGAAUACUGGCAGAGUAUGCAAGAUUUGGGUAUGAACUAUGUUCUGCUGAACAGUUUCACCACGGGCGAUCCUUCGAUCCUGUCGAUGGUGAUGGUAGAGCCGGGAGUUCAGGCCCUCUUCCUCCGAAGACUGAACGAGCGGCUGCCAAGGAAAAAGAAUUUGAGUUCUCUGUACCUGGCAGAAUGUCUCAGGGAGAGAUGGUCGGAACACCUACAGUUGGUAACAAGCAGUGAAGGGCGUAUCCAACAGGCGGCCACAGCAAGCGGGAAUGGUCAAACUUAGGUGCGCUUCCUGGAAUGUGCAAGGUCUCGGAGAUACAGGCGGAAGGUGCAAAUGCUCGAGACUGAAGUCGUGGAUUCAUAAAGAAGGUAUUGAUAUUGUAUUUAUCCAAGAAACUAAGCUAUCUGAGAGGAAGUUAGCGGAGAUCAGGGACUGGUGGGACGAUCCCCAACUGUGGGCGCCGGCUAGAGGAACGAAGGGAGGAGUAACAAUAUUAACACAUAAGAGAUUAGAUGCAAUAUUAAUCAAUUUUGAUUCAGAUA